AUGUAUUACAUGAUUGAAAGAUUUUUAAAACUAACCAACAACAUAUCACAAAUGCUUCUCACUCUUAAUGGUAAAGAUAUACCAGAAAUGAUAUCUGGCCAUGAUAUAAGAUGUCUACAUGAGAUUUGUUUAUUGCUGAGACCAUUUGAAGUACUUACUAAAGAACUUUCCACAGACAAAACGGUUAUGUCAAGUAAAGUAAUCCCAUUAAUAUUAGGUACUAGAAAUGAAUUGGAGAAGAAAAUCCCGAAUGUAGCUGUCGCAAUACGUUUGAAAUUAAAACUAAUCGAAGAACUUGACUAUAGAUGUAGAGCUUAUGAGCAAACAUCCAUAUUACCAAUUUGCACAAUGUUGGAUCCUCGAUUUAAGGAUAUACAUUUUAAAAAUCCACUUGCAAAUUCUAAGGCCCAAGAAAGCAUAGUUCAAAUGAUGAACAAUGAUAAUGAUAUUGUAGAAAAUGAAACAUUGUCAACUGCAGAACCAGAUUGUAGCAACACAGACAAACAUUGUGAUUUAUGGGGCCAUCACAAAUCAUUAGAAAAAAAGCGAAAUGAUAGAGCUUGUAAUAAUACUCCUAGAGGAGAAUUAAAUUCUUACUUACACUAUAAAAUUUUAAAAUUGGAUCUUGACCCAUUGAUCGAAUGGGAAAAUACAAAAACAAUUUUUCCAAAAUUAUAUAAACUAGCGAUGAAGUAUUUAGUGGUUCCUGGAACAUCAGUACGUACCAUCUGA